GACUACUUGAAGAUAUACACGUGGAACUUGGUCCGUUAUGUUUGUGGUUCUUGUAGUGACUAUUUUGGCUCUAGCCAGUGGGCAAACACCAAAACCAUGUGAAAGUCCAAAGGAGUUUGAAGCAAAUUUUAUAAGGUGGGACCAUGAGCGGAAGUGGUUUCAGGAAGCGCGCGUAGCCUAUGACGAAAACAACCAGAGAACCCGAGAACGAGAGGAACUUCUGAUUGGUUCAAAGGCAAACUUCUAUGACAUACUAACUCUUCAUAAAGAGAAUAAGGAAUAUCGGUUGAACCUGAAGACCAAGACGUGUAAUGUGACAGUUCCUCGCAGAUCCUUCAUGCCUCUGGGAAUCCCCAUGGGUACCAAGUAUCAAGGGUCGUACGUGGUGGGGAUGGUGGGCAACCCCAACGAACAGGUUACCGCCGCAACAUUCGAGGGGACACACGAAGGCAACUUUUUCUGGGGUGCGGUAACUAUUCCUUCCUGCGUUCCACUUCAAUAUGGCGUCCAUUUCAACAGCACGGGUGAUGGAUUUCAUAUGACGUUUUACGAUCUUCAAAUAGGGAUAGUGGACCCCAAUGUCUGGAUACCCCCAAAGGAAUGUCUACAGUAAUAAAGAAAGACUUACUCUUCACUACUCUUCACUAAAUAAAGACUUUCUAAUCACUA